AAAAGUUCUGACUGAAUAAUUCCAUUGUUGUUUACACACACGGAUCAAAAAUCUAAAUCGGUUCCCCGUGAAAAAAUACAAAAUUCCUAUGAAAAAUGUGAAUAACAGCGUCCCCGCCAUGUCGAUUCCGAUCAAAUGCAGUGCCAUAAAGCAGGCGAUAGUGCCGAAAAGUGAUUUUAAUCGCUAUCUGAUAGCAUUCGUCGGGGCGCUGGUGCUGCUGGCGCUCUGGUUCGGCGGCAGUUCGGUCUCGGAGGCGGACAGCGAGCGACUUUCGCUGGACCUGGUGGACAUUCCGCAGAUCGUGCUGGACAAGGAUGCCGAGUUGGCACGGGCGCGGAACAGAAACUGUUCCUUCUGGGAUUGCUUCAAUGUGUAUCGUUGUGGACAGCGAGGUGGUGCUGCGGGAGGGAGCGCUGCUGGCUUGUGGGCCGAGGAGCAGCAGGAACGUAUAUCGAUCUACGUUUAUCCGUUGAAAGAGUAUGUCGAUGCGGACUCGCGGAAGCAGGCCUUCCAACUGACGAAGGAGUUCUACACCAUUCUGAAGACGAUCGUCAACAGUCCGUACUACACGGCGAAUCCGAACGAAGCGUGUCUGUUCGUUCCGACGCUGGAUACUCUGAAUCAGAACAGGAUCGAUGUGAAUCUAGUCGGCAAAGCGCUGGCUUCGCUUCCUUACUGGGAAAACGGAGAGAACCACAUCCUGUUCAAUUUUAUUUCCGGAUCGGCACCGGACUACAACACGGUUUUGGACGUAAACACCGAUCGGGCAAUGAUCCUCGGGUCCGGCUUCGACAGUUGGUCGUUCCGAUCGGGCUUCGAUCUACCCAUGCCCAUGUACAGUUCCAUUCUGGAACACCUCCAGCUCAAUCCGAUGCAUUCGGACCGAAAGUUCCUGCUGGUAUCGUCCCAAUUGAAUAUCUUCCAACGCCAAUAUCGAAUCAUGCAGGAACUGACGUACGAUUUCCCGAACGACAUCCUCUUGCUGCAGCGCUGUCCGACGACGACGGUUAAAGCGGAGGAAAGUUUCGAUACGUCCCGACCCGUGGAAACCGCAAGCAGUCCGGAAGAACUGCUCAAAACCAUGAAAGACAUCCGCUGUAAUUUCCCUCAAGGCAAUGAGUACGAGUACCCGAGCGUACUGGAAAGCGGUCAAUUCUGCUUGAUUGCCCGGGGAGUCCGCCUGUCCCAGCCAACCCUGAUGGACGUCUUGGCAGCCGGUUGCAUCCCUGUGAUAAUGGCUGACAACUUGAUUCUGCCUUUCAGCGACAUCCUGGAUUGGGACCUAAUCUCGAUCCGAAUCUACGAGAACAACCUUCACUCCGUGAUCACCACCCUCAAAGCCGUCUCCAAAGAACGCAUCCAGGAGCUUCGAACUCACGGAGCAUACAUCUACGAUCGGUACUUUUCCAGCCUGGAAAAGAUCAUCCUGACCACGCUGGAUCAGCUAAACGAUCGCAUUUUCCCACAUCUCAGCAAAACCUACAUGCACUGGAACGUGGCCAAGACGCAGCACUCCACUCAGAACCCACUGUUCCUCCCACUGAUCGCACCCAAAUCUCAAGGCUUCACCGCCGUCAUCCUAACGUACGAUCGAAUCGAAAGUCUGUUCAUCCUGAUCCAGAAACUGGCCACCGUCCCCUCCCUGCAAAAGAUUCUAGUCAUCUGGAACAACCAGAAGAAGUCGCCCCCGCAUCCGUCGCUCUUUCCCAAAAUCGGAAAACCGCUCAAAGUCAUCCAGACGGCUGCAAACAAGCUCUCGAACAGAUUCUACCCGUACGAGGAGAUCGAAACCGAAGCAAUCCUCACCAUCGACGACGACAUCGUCAUGCUGACGGCCGAUGAACUGGACUUUGGCUACGAAGUGUGGCGCGAGUUCCCCGAUCGGAUCGUCGGUUUCCCAUCGCGGACGCACGUCUGGGAUAAUGCCACCAACCGCUGGCGGUACGAAUCCGAGUGGACCAACCAGAUCUCGAUGGUCCUGACCGGGGCGGCAUUCCAUCACAAGUACUGGAGCUACAUGUACACCAACGCCAUGCCCGGCAACAUCAAGGACUGGGUCGACGAACACAUGAACUGCGAGGACAUUGCCAUGAACUUCCUGGUGGCCAACAUCACCAACAAGCCGCCCAUCAAGGUGGCCCCGAGGAAGAAGUUCAAGUGCCCGGAAUGCACCAACAACGAGAUGCUGUCGGCGGAUCUGAACCACAUGAUGGAACGAUCCGCUUGUAUCAAUCGGUUUGCGGAGAUCUACGGGACGAUGCCGCUCAAGACGGUCGAGUUCCGAGCGGAUCCGGUGCUGUUCAAGGACAACUUCCCGGAGAAGCUGAAGCGGUUCAACGACAUUGGUAGCUUGUAAGCUCUGGUAAGGUAUUGUGCAAUUUUAAUCACGGACGAACGAACAGCUCUGGUAAGUUUUAGAGAAUAUAGAUUAUUACAAACCGUAUAGCAUUUAGUAGGUCGUAAGCUUUGUGCGUGUAGCAGGUAUUCCCCCGAUGGGUCUACGUUCCCCAUAUCAUAGUCAAAAGUGAUUAAAACUAGUUGUAAUUUUA